GACUCCUCCAUCCCAUCCCAUCAUUGUGACGGUUGUUGAUCGACUCCGUCUUUACCCGCCGUCUCCUUUUAAUCCCUUGGACGCCUCGACUUCUUUCCUCCUCUCCUCUUCUUCAACUUUACCUUCACUCUUCUUUCAGGCUGUCUGUCUGUCCUGUCCUUGGUCCUAUCCUUCCUUCGCGACCAGCGGCCCCUUGCAGUCAGACUUAAUCGUCAGACCUUCGUUACUACCAGCCGAUACCUCAGCCCCUCGGCACUAAUUCGCCAUGUCCCUCAUCCACUCCGACAACCUGGCUCCCCAGCCCUCCACCGACAUCUUCACCGAUGACACCUGCAUUGACCGCCGCAAGUGCCACCGCACCGUCCCCAUGAAGGUGCUGGCGCUGGGUGUGGGCAGAACUGGAACAGCCUCCCUCCGCAUUGCCCUGGAACGCCUGGGCUACCUCAAGUGCUACCACAUGAUGUCCGCCAGUAUGGAGAACCCCCCGGACUGCCUGAUGUGGCACGACGCCCUGGCCGCCAAGUACGACGGCGUGGGCGAGUUCGGCAGGAAGGAGUGGGAUCAGCUUCUGGGAGACUGCCAGGCCGUCUGCGACUGGCCUGCGUGCGCCUUCGCGAAGGAGCUGAUCGAGGCGUACCCCAACGCAAAGGUCAUCCUGACCACCCGCGAGGUUGACUCGUGGCACGCUUCCGUCAUGAAGACCGUGUUCUGGCGUGUCUCCGACCCCGAGCACAAGUUCGUCUCGAACUUCAGCUGGGCCGCCAGCAUGUACUACCCCAUGCUGAACAAGUUCUUCGAGACCUUCUUCCGCGGCGACUUCCCCAACAAGGGCAAGCAGGUGUACCUGGACCACGUCGAGGAGAUCCGCAGCAUGGUGCCCCCGGAGAGACUGCUCGAGUACAAGAUCCACGAGGGCUGGGGUCCCCUCUGCGAGUUCCUGGGCGAGGAGGUCCCGGACACCGCGUUCCCCCGCGGCAACGACAUGGCCGACUUCUUCAAGCGCUGCCGCGGCCGCAACCGCCGCCAGAUGCUCAACGCCGCCCUGCAGGCCUUCACCAUGGGCGGUGCUCUCCUGGCCACCGGUCUGGCCGCCACCAUGGCCUUCAAGCGCUUCUCGCGGUAAAUGCGCCCGGUGCCGUGUCUCUUUCUCUCUCUCUCUCUCUCUCUCCCUCUUUCGGCGGUACGGUGCUGGGCGCCAUUUUUUUUUUUUUUUUUUUU